ACGUUACAACGUUGUAACUAUCCAUUGUAACUAUCCAUUGUAAAGUACAGAAGACGAAAGUACGAAACGCUUUUAGAAAUGCUCAACGACAUCGUGAAGUCACUGGGGCACCCAGAAGAGAUCCUUAAUCUUCUCAAGUUUAAGAUGGGUGGAUGUAGAGCCGUGAUGGCCAAGUUGGACUAUCGGAGAUCAGGAAGCAGAUCAUUCGUUUACAACAGUUGACAACGCCAAUGAUCAGGGACCAAUGCAAAUGAUCUACUAUGAAGAGAGCACCACAUGCUAUAGGACGGAUCAUGCUAUGUUGUUAUAAAGUAUUAUGUUGUUGUUCAAGUAGUAUUGAUAGGCUACUGAUAGUCACGUAACUACAGCACCUUGUAGUGCUCAUUUAAAUCGACCUGCAUGUGUCAUGUGAAAAUGUGUUGUCAAGACUCGAAUGCGUUCCUAGAAGACCUAGAUGGCGUUUUUCUAAUUGUCUGUCUACCGGUAGAUGGCUUACCUAGCUGGGAGAGCCCAUUAGAUUGGACGUCUCUAAUUUGCGUUGCAUAAUAGGCUUUCAGAGUUCAGAGAUAGAGAUGCUCUGCGCAUGUUUCACGGUUAAUCUGCGGUCUCCUACAUACCUGGCAUGAUCGUGUUAGUACUGCGUGAAGCUCAACGGUGUCGUUGAACGAUUAGGCUGCUUACUUUAACGUCAUGUUUUGAUUAACGGCAGCCUAUACGUGUAGGGUACUGUCAUUGAGACCACCUUUCCUUCUAGGAUAUUGUAUAUGUUGUUUCACACGUCGCAGGUAGACGCUUACGCAGUAAUGUCAAGAACAGAGGGACAUAGAAAACAUGACAUAGGACAUUAAACAUUGGUUUAGGGGUAUAGAAAGGCUUUGCAGGUUUCCAUGACAUAAAAGCAUCACCUGUCCCUCCCUGUGUCUGCCGCUAGAUGGCAUGAGGUCGUUCACGGCGUAUACUUGUAGAUACUCAUGAAUAUGCAUAUUUGAAUCGCAUGUUCAUGUAAUAAAUCAGUUUUAAAUUUGGCCUCGAAGUUUCUCAUGGUAUUUAAAAAUCUAGUUUCAAUAGUAACUCGUUUCGUUGCAAGAGAAAUAGCAUGCGUAGAUAAAUCCUACCAAGGGAAACACUUUUUCUCGAGAAGUGGAUCAGUUUUUCAAAGUUGUGCGCAGUAGCCCGCUGCCUCUCCAACAGAUGUAUAUGCAUGUGGAUAGGUCGCGGUCACUUUGAAGCGUGACCACGCCCCGUGUUGUGUUACUAUUUAUGGAUCCAUGACGCUCAAGUGUUUCACCUCGGCUUCGACUCGCUUGCCCUCUACCCAGCGUGUCACCUCACAUAACACUACAUGGCAUGGAUACGGCAGUAAUGCUCUCUAGUCAAGACGACACGGCCUUGCCUUGCGUUACAACGCACUUUUCCCGACCAUAUGGCGGGCGCUUGCUGCAAGUGUCCCAUCUCUCUGUUGAUACUUAAACGCUCGUUGCUGAUCACGCCUCGCAGCACCACUGCCUCCAGCCCUCGGUCUCUCCUGGUUGGCGGUAGGUUGGGGGAGAGAAGGCUGCAGGACAGCUGCUGUCGAGCAGCGCUUCCCAACGCGCUCAGAACUACCAGCUCCUAUCGCAGCAACCCCGUGUUUCUGUGUUUCUCCUGCCAGGAGUCCAUGAGCGAAAGCCUGCGCACUUGCUACACGUACUUGAACCAAACGAGUCGAAGUUUUGCAGCUGUGAUCGAGUCGCUGGACGGGGACCUACGACAUGCGGUCUGCAUCUUCUACCUGGUGUUGAGGUCCCUGGACACGGUGGAGGACGACAUGACCAUCCCCCUGGCGACCAAGGUGCCCAUGCUCAACGACUUCCACACCUUCCUGUACCAGGCCGACUGGUGCUUCACCGAGAGCCAGGAGAAAGACCGCCAGGUCCUCGAGGACUUCCCCACGAUUUCCCUGGAGUUCCGUAAGCUGGGCCAGCAGUACCGCGAGGUCAUCUCUGACAUCUGUCACCGUAUGGGGAUGGGCAUGGCCGAGUUCCUGGAGAAGAAAGUGGGCUCCAUGAAGGAAUGGGACCUGUACUGUCACUAUGUGGCCGGCCUGGUGGGCAUCGGGCUCUCCCAGCUGUUCUCGGCGUCCCAGCUGGCGGACCCCGAGGUGGGCCAGGACACGGAGCUGGCCAACUCCAUGGGCCUGUUCCUCCAGAAGACCAACAUCAUCCGGGACUACCUGGAGGACACGCAGCAGGGCCGUGCCUUCUGGCCCCAGGAGGCGUGGGUCCAGUUCUCCGACCGUCUGGAGGACCUGGCCCAGCCGGAGAAGCUAGAGUCGGCGCUGUCCUGCCUCAACCUGCUGGUGACGGACGCUCUGAGGCACGUGCCCGACGUGCUCACCUACCUGGCACGCCUGCGCAACCAGAGCAUCUUCAACUUCUGCGCCAUUCCACAGGUGAUGGCGCUGGCGACACUGACGGUGUGCUACAACAACCCCAUGGUGUUCCGCGGCGUGGUGAAGAUUCGCAAGGGCCAGGCGGUCACGCUCAUGAUGGACGCCAACAACAUGGAGGCCGUGCGCGCCAUCAUCACCCAGUACAGCGGCGAGUUGCGACAGAAGGUCUCCCUGACGGACCCGUCGCGGGCCGAGACGUUGCACAUCCUGGGCGUGAUCGCCGAGAAGUCCGCCCCCCUGCAGCCCGCGCUGCAGUCCAAAAGCUCCCACCUGUCGCCCAUGUACCUGUCCGCCGCCAUGCUGCUGGCGGCGUUCAGCUGGCAGUACCUCAGCACGACCGUGGCCCAGGCGCAAGACGGCAGGGACAUGCAGGGACACUAGCCUCCACCGACCCCCUCCAGUGCUACACACCAAGUCCCCUCCUCUGGUUCUCCAGGAACUCUGGUCCUCCAGGAACCAGGGUCAUCGCUCGGCUGGAUUUCACGUUCUCUUCUGGGUUCCUCUCGCUCUUCCUUAGUCCUUGGUGGUCCUCGAGGUGGAGUGGAGUGCUGAUCUUGGGGGUUUCGUCUCUGGGACGGAGUUCUUUGAACCAAAAACGAUGAGGAAGAGGGGGAGACUGCUCUCUGCAGGCUGCUGUGGAUAGCUUGAUGGAUCCGCGGUUCGAGUUUUUGUUGAUUUAUCAUUUGUUUUGUGUUUGCUAUAUGCAAUAUGGUGCGUCUUUUGUGGUUUAAUGUUUUUUGUGUCAUCUUAAUUGUGUAAAAGAAAAUAUAAAAAAAAGGUUAAUGGUGAUUUCACAUGUAGAGAAAUAUGCAUUGUAAGGUUUUAUUAUUGUUUUGACCUUAAAUAGUUGACAUGCAUUCUGGGCUGACUACUAGAUUCAGGUCUAGUUUGUAUAUUUUGAGGAUUGACUGACACUGAUUUAUGUGAUACGACCUUAAAAGUCCUUUUUUGAUUUUGAGAAGAUACAUUUUUAGAUGCAAAUCUCACUUGUGGAACGGUUAGAAUGUAGUGAUGGACGAAAAAAGUAAUUUCUUGGCAGACGAACGUUAAUAAGGUUAUCUUACGGCUGUGUGUGAGUGAGUCUAUAAACAUUAUGAAUUAUAUGCGAAGAAAAAGCAAUAACCUGUUAGGAGCCAAGAAAUGACUGCGGAAAUCUAUCUUAUUAUACCCAGUGCAUAACAGUAAUAGAACAGAUACCCCAAAGGUUUUGCUUUUAAAUCAUCAGACGGCCCUGCGACGCUGGUUAGAAGGUUUGCCUCAUGGUCCAUGGAACCAAUCACAAUAUAAAGCUGCUGAUAGACAUUUUAGCAUUAACGUGUGGAGACGAAGAGAAACGUUGGCGUAGUACCUUGAGGUACGCAUAAAACCUAUGAAUUAGGUUUAACAUGCCCUUAAUCCCAAUCCCAGUCUCAAAGGGUUUUUCACAGGACCCAACCCCCCCCCCCCCCCCGCGCACCACAUCCCGAAUCCCCUUACAAGAAACCGGUGGGAAGAACCGAACUGAGAAAGAGAUGCAGAAUGAGACUGAUGGCAUUAAGUGUCCUUAAACAAGCUUUGGUGAGUAGAAUGGCUAGCGCGGAGAAAACCUUAUACGGAUCCAAAGAACAACGACUAUUAACAUUGCUAUGUAAUGUGACUAUUCUAUUGGUAGAUGGACUUGUUUCACACAGAUGACCUCUAUCCUUCACUUUUUGAAAUAAAAGGAAAUGUUUAGUUUUA